AUGAGGUUAGCGAUGUCACCGAUGAGCGUCAGCGUCCCUCUUUUGCUCCUCCUGCUGGGACUUGGCUGCGUUGCGCAAAAUGACGGCCCGAGCGGUGAUAGCAAGGGGUGCGUUUGCGGCUACCCAGGCAUCCCUGGGGACCCGGGCCACAAUGGGGUACCCGGAAGAGACGGCAGGGACGGACUGCGAGGCGAGAAAGGGGACACAGGUGGAAUUGGUGCAAUGGGACCAGCGGGAAAAGAUGGACAAAAGGGGGAUGGAGGUCCGGCUGGUGCACCUGGUCAAGCGGGGCUCAAGGGAAAAAGGGGGGACAAUGGAGACCACGGACCACCUGGUAAAAUGGGGCCUCAAGGAAUCCAAGGGCCCAUCGGUCUGAAAGGAAAUAAAGGAGAGCUCGGGUUACCCGGACCCCAGGGACCCAAAGGUGAAGAGGGGUCUUCUGGACCACAAGGUUUAAAGGGGGAAGCUGGUCUUCGUGGAGAUCGAGGCAUUCAGGGCCCCUUGGGUCCUCCGGGCAGGCUGGGGCCUAAAGGGGAAGUGGGCGCUGCUGGUCCCAAAGGCGGUCUUGGUCACAGGGGGGACCGGGGCUCUCAAGGAGACAAGGGCAAUAAAGGCGAGCAGGGAGAUGCAUGGGUCAUGUCCAAAAGCGCCUUCUCCGUAGGACUCACCGUGCAGAGCAAACUCCCGACCGCCCACACCCCUGUCCGCUUUGACAGGAUCAUUUACAAUCAACAAAAUCAUUACGAUCCCCAAACCGGAAGGUUCACAUGCUCGGCAGCCGGCACAUACUUUUUCACCUAUCACAUCACCGUCUUCUCAAGGAACGUGAAGGUGGCCCUGGUGAAGAACGGCGUCAAGGUACUUCACACCACCGACAGCUACCAGAGCGGUGAGGACCAGGCAGCUGGGGCCACCGUGCUGCACUUGGAGCCCGGGGACAAAGUGUGGCUGCAGGUAGUCGGGGGAGAACUUUUCAAUGGGCUCUUUGCUGAUGAAGAUGAUGACACCACAUUCUCUGGGUUCCUUAUUUUUGGGGCCUAAUUUUGAGUGGACGAGCAUAUGUGGAAUAACAAAAGUAAGUAGAUGGAAAGAAAACAAUACAUUAGUAAGUUGAGAGAAGAAAGACAGCUUGUGAAUACAUGAAAGAGAAAUAAGUUUUCAAGGAUGCAUUUUUUUGUGCAUGUUGUCUCUGCAAGUGUUUCUGAAUGCUGUGUUCAACUCUGCUUUAUGUUCAUUUCUCUUUGAAUGACAAGGUAUUGUUUAAUGGAUUGCUGUACUCUUAAGAAUAAAUGAUUUAAAGAAAAA